AUGCUUGGCCGUAAUCGUAUCGUGUUUGCCGCGGUCACUGCAACAUUCAUCGCGUCAACAGGAUUUCUAUUCAGCCCACACGGGCGCCCACUCUACCACGCAACCAUCAAUAAGCUACAACCCUACACAGACGCCGUCACGCGUCCGUGGACGAGUAAACAGCGCGUUUGGCCAGCUACAUGCAGUGAACGACCGUAUCGCGUCUUGGCAGUCGGCGAUUCACUUACCGCGGGAUGGGUUCCACCGCCUGAAGGUCAACAGCCGAUCACAAAUCCGUAUACAGAUCAAUUCUCAAAGAUUGUUCGGCAUGCACUGCAUACGAAGAAUAUUGGCUUCACUGGUUAUAAAGCUGAUGAAAUGCAUCAAGUCAUGCUGGAUGAGAUUCGAUUGCAGGAUGAACCCUUUGAUAUCUUCAUCACCAUGGGCGGUACGAACGACAUUUUGGAACGUGCACCUGAAGAGGCUUUUGAUCCUGCGCCUGUGAUUGAAACGUUGAAACAGACGUGGACGACAGCCUUGUCGCAUGGCAACGAUACAUUGCUUGUUGUUUUGAAUUUGCUGGAUAUCGCCUAUGACCCCUACUUGGAUCGUGUUUUACAGUUGAAUGCACUGCUUCCAGAAGCUGUGGCGAGUUUGAACUCUAGCAGAGUGUUCUUGAUGGACCUGCAUGCGCAAUUCACGAUGCUUGGAAAGCCAGCGGAGGAAGUCAAGGAAAAUUGGGCUGAUCCAGUGCACCCAUCCGAGAACGGGUAUAACAUCAUGGGUCAAUUGAUUGCGAAACAGCUCGACACGCUCAUUUCUUGCUGA